AUGGCUUUCGUCUCAGCAACAACAACCACCGCACUCUUUUCCGUCGCCAAUAAUAAAAAUAUCAAAAUCACUCUUAAACUUUACCUUCUCAACUCUUCGGUUUCUGGCCAUGGUGAAGGGCUAAAAUUUAGAAGGUGUAGGAUUCAUACAUCAAGAGCAAUUGAAAGAUAUUCAAAAUGUUCCAGCAAUUGCUUCAAGACUACAAUUUCAUGCUCACUUGCUUCUACAAAGACUCUUGAUAUUGUUAAGAGUACUAUAGCCAACCAACUCUCGAUUGACGAAAGCUCAGUUGAACCGCAAACUAAGUUUGUGGAGCUGGGGGCCGAUUCACUCGACACGGUUGAGAUUAUGAUGGCACUAGAAGAGAAGUUUGGUGUGUCCAUUGGAGAGGAAGGUGCUGCAAAUAUAGCAACGGUUCAAGAUGCAGCUGACUUGAUUGAAAAAAUAAAAACUACUUAA